AUGUUCUCCUUGUCCCUGCCCCGUGGGCCUGGGGACACAGGGACAGUGGGCUCAGGUGGGGCUGUCCUCACAGGACAGGUGGCAGCUGUCAACAUCGGCCACCACGAUGGCCGCCAGCAUGCGGCUGAGUCCGAGCGGCUCAAGAAGGCCAAGCUGCUGAGCUCGCUGCUCUCCCCGCAGGAGAAGAAGAUCUUUGCAGUGCAGGGCCCUUAUCCCAUCAUCCGCCACCUGCUGCGGGCCCGGGGCUGGGUGGAGAGGAAGCUGCCCCACAAGAACAGACAGCUGAAACAGCAGCCUGGUGACCAAAAGAAACAGCAGCUGGAGAAGAGGGUGGGUGGUGGUGGUGAUAAGCAGGGGGAGGCAGUGCCAAACCCGCGUGGUGGGGCACAGCCUUCCCUGGGCACCAGGGAGCCCCUGCAGCACCCACGGCCACGCGAUAAGAAGAACAAGGGGGAAAGGGAAGAUGAAGACAAGAAGGAAGACCAAGAGCAGUGCAGUGAGAACUCUGAUGACAUCCAUGACCUCAUGUCCUACCUGGUGCAGGACCAGGUGCCAAACUUCCUCUGGACCAUUCGCCUUAGCAACGUUGACCAGGAGCUGCUGCCGAGGAUCGAGGUGGUGAACCGCUUUCCUCGGCUGUAUGCACUUUGCACCAAGGAGGGGCUAUGCCAAAGCCUGCAAAACUUGACCUGGUUUGAGCAAGUCGACAUCAACACCUUUUUCCCACGGUGCUACCGGCUGGGGUUCACGGGCGAGCAGGAAGCCUUCAUCGAGGAUUUUCGCCUGACGGCAGCUCGCAGCCUGCUCAAACUGGCACUGCAGAAGGUCAGAGACAGACCAGUGGGGACAGAGCAGCCCCCAAAAUCCGACAAGGUGCCUGCACGGCCGUGCUCCCCCCUGUAUCUCCAGCUGGUAGAGGAGGCCCUGGAGGUCUGUGAGCAGCACCUGGGCAUCCUGGAGCACCAGGACAUUGAUAGGAACACCCCAUCACCCAGCCGGACAUGCAUUGCCUGGGACCGCUUCCUACAGGAAUUCUACCACGUGACACAUGAGGGAAGCAGGCUGGUGCUGAGCAGGGAGCAGCGGGAGCAGUGCCAGGACGUGCUGCAGCGCCUGGAGGAGCAGCUGCCGCAGCUUGGCAUAGAGGGCAACCGCAAUAUCUGGAUCCUCAAGCCCAGCGCCAAAUCCCGUGGCAGGGGCAUUGUCUGCACGACGCGGCUGGAGGAGGUGCUGGAGCUGACGCAGAGCCGCCCGGGCUCCUCGGCACGGGUGUGCGAGUGGGUGGUACAGAAGUACAUGGAGCGGCCGCUGACCAUCUUCGGCACCAAAUUCGACAUCCGGCAGUGGUUCGUGGUGACCGACUGGAAGCCGCUGACCGUCUGGUUCUAUCGAGACUGCUACCUGCGUUUCUGCUCCCGGCCCUUCUCCCUGUGUCACCUGGAGCCUGCCAGGCACCUCUGCAACGUCUCCAUCCAGAAGAAAUACAAAACAUUGCAGCCAGACCCCCGUGUGCCCCCCGACAAGAUCUGGUCCAACACGCAGUUCCAGGCACACCUGGCACAGCUGGGGCGGGCGGAUGCUUGGCAGCAGGUGAUAGUGCCCGGCAUGAAGGCAGCGAUCCUGAAUGCCCUGCGCUGUACCCGGGACCACGUGGGCUCCCGCAAGGGCAGCUUUGAGCUCUUUGGGGCCGACUUUCUCAUCGGGAAGAAUUUCCAGCCCUGGCUGCUGGAGAUCAACUCCUGCCCCACCAUGAGCCCCUCCUCAGCUGUGACCCGCCGGCUCUGCGCCAAUGUACAACAGGACACACUGCGCCUGGUGCUCGACCGCAAGGACAACCCCACCUGUUCCAUUGGUGCCUUUGAGCUCCUCUACAGGGAGCCACCUGUGUCCUCAUGCCUAUCUGUGGGGCUGGAGCUGGAGGUCACAGGCUGUUCCCUGAAGAAUCCCCAGCCGGCAAAGCAUCGAUCCCAGAACAAACCCCCCACCACCAUACCCAGUGCUUCCCAGCUCCCUGCACCCUCAGGGGACAGAGCCUCCGAAAUGCCAGUGGCCCAGAGGCAGAAGUUGGAGCAAACGGAGGAGCUUGGCCAGAGUCAGGAAGAAUCUUUCAAGCCUGUCCUCAAGGAUGGCAGUGGGGAUGUAUUUAGAGACUCCCCCUUGCACGUCAGAAGUGUAGCAGGAGAGUCUCUUGCAUGA